CCAGCGCAGCCGCGACGCAGCAUUCCCGGCGAGGCCCACCGCCAGGGGCUGCCUCUGGCGGCCGCCCUCCGUGGCAGCAUUUCUGUCCCCCCUUCAUCAGGCCGCCGGCGAUAACCCUAAAGAAAGAUUCGAGAACGAAGCCAUUGCUGCAAUUAGUGAAUAAGUGACUUUGACUGUCAUCAUGGAUGUCUCGGACUUGGACAUGAAAGGGCAAGACAACACCAUCGAAUUCAUCGCUGUGAAGGAAGAGGAAAUUGAAGAAGCCAUGGAGGAGGAGUUCCAGGGAAUAGAAGAAGCUGUUGAAAAUACAGAUGAAGAGAAUUUUAUAUAUGUAAAGACUGAAGAAGAGGUAAAUCUAAAGCAAGAAAGUUCUUUGCCCGAAGAGAACCAUCCCGGCAAGGAAUCGGUCCGAAAUGACUGCGACGCUUUGUGUGAAGAAGAUCCUUUGUCAUUAUCAGGCCCGUAUAGGGCUGAGGAUUGUGGGAAUGCGUGCUUCACGGAUGGUGAUCAAGCAAUGUACGCAGGAGGAGAAAAAGUGGAUGCAAGGGAGGAGGGCAUAGGUUGUGAGGUGUGUGGCAGAAUAUUCCACUGCAAGACGAAACUUUUAUGUCAUAUGAGAGUGCAUGGAAGGAUGAAGCCUUAUAAUUGUGAGAUGUGCAUUAAGGUUUUCUCCAGUAAAAGUGGUCUCAUGAAACACGUGACAGUUGUACAUACAAGUGAGAAGUCUUAUAUUUGUGAAACAUGUGGGAGUGUUUUUUCUGGGAAAUAUACUCUUGCGCAGCACUUGAGAAUACAUACAAAGGAGAAUCCGUAUAGCUGUGAGGUCUGCAGCAAGAUGUUCUCACAGAAACAGCAUCUGGUGCAGCACAUGAGGGUACAUACACAGGAGAAGCCUUACAGCUGUGAGAUUUGCAACAAGGUAUUCUCUCAAAAACACCAUCAGGUUGACCACAUGAGAGUGCACACAAGAGAGAAGGCAUUUGUAUGUGAUGUAUGUAGGAAGCCAUUUGCUUGGAAGUGUGAUCUAGUUGUACACAUGGGGGUCCAUAGCACAGAGAAACCAUUUAGGUGUGAGGUUUGUGGUAAAUCAUUUGGUAUAAAAAGUUAUCUAGUGAACCACAUGAGAGUGCAUACAAAAGAGAAACCUUAUAGAUGUGAGACAUGCAGCAAGGCAUUCUCUCGGAAACAUCAUCUGGUGAAACACAAGAAAAUACAUGCAAGGGAAAAGCAGAACAUUUUGUCAGUAGUACUUUAGUUAGGCUAGUAAGAGUACAUGCCAAAUAUGCUUUGGGAUGUUCGCUUUGAAGGCAUUAUCACUAUGUAUAAAAUUUCCUCUACUUCCUAAGAGCUACACAAAAAUCAUGUUCACUUUGCUGGAGGAAUGGAGUCGUGUGCGUACACAAACUCAGGAGUCAUUUAAUAUAGAUAUUCUUUGUAAUUCAAUUGGAAAUCUUUCAUUUGGAUAAGUAAACAAAAUACUUUUUUAAGUUUAGUCUUAUAGGAUACACAAUAACAUAACCAAGAUGAACAAUGUAACCUUAUGAUCAUAUAUAAUCCCUUUUUUUUUAUUAUUAUUAUUAUUAUCAUCAUCAUCAAAAUUCCAGAUUUACUAUGCAAGCUUCUUUCAGCUAUUUCUAGAUGCUCUUUUAAACCAGGGUUCUCCUUCCUUUGUGUAAUUCUGAUCCAGACUCGACUUAGGCACACUUUCAGGAGGACAGAAAGCUAACCCAUUUGCCUUGCUCUCUGGCAAAGAAUAUGCAGUCUUUUAGAAUCUUAGAAAUGUGUUAAACAGUCCAAUGCAGAUAUAAAAAUAGGGAGUGCAAAUAAAAUGUAAAGAAAAGGGCAGCUAGGCACCUCAGGCGGCUCUGGGACCACCGGCUUCUUUUUUGCAGGAGCCAUGGCCUUUGAUGUGUAGCACAUCUAAUCAUCAACUAACCCCCCUCUUUACUCUUUUCACUAUUAAACCUUUCUAUAGUGCUAUAUGACCUUUGCUGUCUAGCACAUUUAUUGUGCUUUGUAACCAUUUACCAUUUUGCUUGAGCUGAAACAAAAAUCCUUGGGGAGCUUUAAGUUGUAAAAUUAUUUCUAUUUAAUGUGUACUUGUCCCGUGUGGAAGGAAGUCCUCAAUACACGGUGAGACUUGUGAAUGGGUUGCAGAAAGUAGGGAAAAUUUAUUCAUGUGUAGUAAUUCCUUAAUAGAAAUUCUAGUCUAUGCGUGAGAGAGGUCAUAUAACCGGGAUGACUGUAACAGGCGCAUCAACAGUGCCAUAUAAGAGAAGAAGCAGAAGUGUAGUGAACCACAACAGUCUGAAUAUAAUAAAUUCACAAGGAGAAUAAAAAUACAGUGAGUAAGGAGAUUAUAGUGAAGCAUUAUCAGUUGUGCCACAUAUAUGCUGAUAUUGGUUCUAGUGAGUUUUAGUUGAGUUAUAUAAUGCCAAAGGUAUAAUUAAUAAAAUGGACAAUAAAUACUUAAUAACUGAAGUUACUAAAGCACUAGGAUUAAAAGGAUUAAAGGAGUUAAAAGAAAUUUAAAAGAAAUGUAAGCAAUGGUGCCAUAAAAUGUAUUAUGUAGAAAAUUAAUAAAACCAGAAAAUAAGGUAA